CGAAGUCACUUUUUUUUUUUUUUGCGCAUAUUGACCACGCUACCCCCUGAAUUUCUUCAUUUUCCAGACAGUCCAGGCAUAUCUUUACGUCAAAUCCGCAACAGACUCUGCUAUCAAGUUUCUACCAGACAACAGCUGCUAUUCAUUGAACCAACCACUUUCAGUCAACAAACAGCACACAACAGGCAAAAAAAAAAAAAAAAUCCGCAUUCAACCCCAGGGAAUGGUUAGACUCAGUAGGAAUCAGUCCCUACCUGCACCCCCAAGUCAUGGAGCCACACUUCGCAAAGUCAGCACAAAUGCGUUCUCAUUUCCGACCCUCAACUUGACCAGAACCUUGAGCGAGAGGAGUCUUUCCAGCAGUAACGCCGGCGGAUCCACUUCGCGGUCCUCGUCAAAGUCCCGAGGCAGAUCGCGCUCGGGAUCGACAGCACCCAUUCCUCUUGCUCCUAUCAUUAGCGCUAUUCAAAAGGGCAACUUCGUCAUGCUGUCUGAGCUCGACCUAGAUGUGCUCAUCAAAGACAUGACCGGCAAGGACUCGAAGGUCUUGGAAGCCCUCAACAUCACAGCCUCGUCCAUCUCCGCCGCCGAUGCCAAGAUUCUGGCCAAGCUCAUCAAGUCAUCUGAUGCCGCCAAUAUCAAGUCGCUCAAGAUGGAGGGCAACAUGAUCAGUCAACAGGCGAGCAAGGUCAUGUUUGAGGCAUGGAAGUUCAACAAGACGAUCUCGACUUUGAGCCUUGCGCGGUCUGGCGUCAAUGACAAGGCAAUCAAGUAUCUGGCAAGGGUCAUUGUCAAGAACGAGACACUCAAGACGCUCGAUCUGUCUGGAAACCACAUCACGGCCCACGGAACUGAAUUGUUGGCUGAGGCGCUCGUUCUGAACCGAGGAGUGACACGGCUAUGCAUACAGUCCAAUAACAUCAAGAAGGCGGGUGCGCCGCAUCUGGUCAAGAUCCUUGCCAAGAACAGGGUCAUUCGACACAUGAACAUCGGAUCCAACGGUCUGGGAGCGGAUGGUAUCACAUACAUCGCAGAGGCCGUUAGGUUCAAUCGGACGCUCACUUCACUCAGUUUAGACAUGAACGAGAUGGGAUCCAAAGGAGCGGCAGCGAUAGCGACAGCGUUGAUCUCCAACCGUCAUCUUACCCAUCUUUAUCUGCCUCACAAUAACAUUGGGGACAAGGGUCUGGCGGACAUUUGUGAGAGCCUGAAGCGCAACAAGUACCUUAUCAGCCUCGACCUGGAGCUUAACCAUAUCGGCCAAGGACAGUCCACGGUCGGUCUCAAGGCACUCGGUGACGUUUUGAGGGUCAACACCAGCCUCCGGGAACUCAACCUAUCCUUCAACCUCUUCUCAGCUGAAGCCAUUCAGGAGUUGGUCAAUGGCAUGACCAUGAACACGACUCUGGAAAGUGUGGUCUUCACUAACUGCUGCCUCUCUACCGAAGCCGCUGUGGCACUAUCGAAGGUGCUUUCGUCAGUGACGGGACUUCAGAACCUUGGUCUGACAAGCAACCCUGAUAUCGGUGUCCAGGGUUAUUGGGCCCUCGCUUCAGGACUCGUCAAGAACCGAUCGUUGAAGGGCAUUCAGCUGGAUUACAAUUCGGAGGACCGACAGGCGCUCUACGAGUCGUUUCAGAACUCGCUCACCAGGAACCAUAUCUGGCAGCAGGCGAUUUACGCUGCAGCAUGUCGCAUCUUGAUUCUUUCGAGAAUCGUCCUCUUGGGCCGGCCCGCGAACCAGAAGCAGCUCCAGUUGCAGCAACAGCACCAUGUACAGCAUCACAACCAGCACCACGGAUGGAACAUCUUUCGACGUGUCAGGUUGGGCAGGAGCAAUUCGUCCAACUCGAUCACUUCAUUAUGGUCAAUGGGAAAGAGCGGCCAUAAUGGAAACCAUGGUCUCCAAUCAAAUGGUGCAGAUGGCGGUGGAGUGGAGGGUGAUGUAGGCUACAACAUGAGCCAUGGUAAUUCGUACUCGCGUAAGAUGUCGGUCAAUGGUUCGUCCAGCAAAGCUGUGCCCCGGCAGUCGUCGAACUCGAGUCUUUUGUCGAACUCCCGUCAUGGUCCCAAGGAAUCGAUUUCGAGCGCCACUACUGUCGCGGAUCAUCACCACCAGCACCAGCACCACCCUAGCCACUAUCACACGCUCUCGAAUGCAUCGGCAACGACCGCGACCGAGGUUGAAUACAAUCCUCACAGGAUUCUAGCCAACCUGUGCAACAUGCCGCAUGAGAUAUUUGAGAACAUUUGCGCGUUCCUUGAUCCAGGCCGUACGAUGAGCAUUGCGCAGGUGCGGGCUACGGUACAGACAGCGGGCGAUCGGACAACAUUUGUGCGGUAUUAUACCCGAGAGCGGAUGCUUGAGCGGAUCUUUAACAGCCGAUACAUCUCGCCUCAUGGUACACGAUAUACCCUGAAGCCAGGCGAUGAGAGGAUCUAGGGACUCUAUCUUUGGUUCAUUCUGUCAAAUACCAACAUGCAUGCAACUCAAUACACCACGCACUCAG